AUGAAUGAAAAUGACAAGCUGAAGAAAAUUUUAGACGAAAAAGAAGCCGUAGAGGCAAAUGAAGAGGAGGACUCCUUUAUUGAAAAUGAUGUUAAGGAAUUUGAAAAUAUUUCAAAAAAAAAUUUCGAAAUAUUAAAAUUUUUGAAUAAAGAAGAAUUGAUAUUAUUAAUUGAUAAACUUAAUAAUGAAGAUAAACUUAGCAAAAUUAUAGAUGAAGAAAUAAAACAAGACACUCUUGAUAUUCUCAAAAAUUACGAAAAUGAGCAAUAUGAAACUAUAAAAUUAGAUGAAAUAUACAAAGGAGAUGAAGAGGAAGGAAAAGAAGAGGAACAGGAAGAAAAUAAUUAUAUUAAACUGUGUAAGUUUAUUCCUUUAAGGCUGACCUAUGAAGAACGAUUAUAUUUACGAUUACUUGAAAGUACAUUAGAAGUAAGUGAAUACACAGACAAGAUAGAUAUAUAUCAUAGUGGUAACAAGAGUAAGAAAAUAAUAAAAGAAAUAAAAACAUUAUGUUCUAUAUUAUCAGGAUUAGUUAUAGCUAACAACUAUGAAAAUGGACAGAAAUUAAUUCGUGAUAGAGAUUUUUUAAGAAAUAGUAACUUUUUUAGUUUUGUUUUUGAAAUAGGAAGAAGAUAUAAAAUACUAAAUCCUGACAGAAUGAGAAGUAGUUAUGGAAAAUUAAUGUAUUUUUUAAUGGAUACAAGAAGAGAAGAUAUUUAUGAUUUGUUAUCAUUUAAUUGUGUGGCACCGAUAAAAACUGUGUAUGAUUUGUUAAAAGAUAAAAAAAACGGAUUCGAUGUAUUGAAUGAUAAUUUAAUUAAAAUAGCUACAAUGGAAAUAGAUGAAAAAGGAAGCAGAAGUGAAAUACAGAAACAGAUUAAACAAAAGGAAGAAGCCAUAAAAUACUUAUCAAGAAAAUAUUCCAAUAAUAAUAAAAAUAAUAAUAAAAAAAAUUUAUUUAGAAUAAAUAUACCCAUAUUUAAUAAGCAGAAUUCAGAAACAGAUGAUACAAAUAGUUUAGAAGAACCGCAAUAUUUGUCAUCAGAAGAAAUAGAAAGAUGUUUAUACAGUUUAUGUGAUUACAACACACAUAUCAAAAUGUUCUGUGAACCAUGUGAAAUUAUGAUUGAAUAUUUAAAAAAUUAUUAUGAUCCUCAUGAAAAGAAUUCUCCUUAUUCCUUAUCUAUAGAGUCAGGAAAACAAGGAAGUAGAUUAACGCAUUCACAUAACAGGCAAUAUAUGUAUGUUUUACAAACAUUAUAUUUAUGGAAGGAAAUAGGAGAACAUAUGUUUUUUUUAUGGACGCGUGCAGAAAGUGAUAUGCUUGAUUUUAAAAAUCCUUACAGGUUAAUGGAUACAGGGCAAGGAUUAAAUAGAAUGCAGAGUGGUCAUAAAGUUUUAAGUGUUAUGAAACAAAUUCUGCACAAUGUUCAGAAAAAAUUAGGUGGAUGGGUAGGCUCCAGUAUGAUUCACAUGGGGGAUACCAACAUCCCCAACACUUUCAUGUUCAUCGAUAAGUACACGCAGGUUCCAAGAAUACUCACACCUAUUGUGUUGUGCUUACAAAAAAUUGAUGAGCUAUAUAAUUCUACGCCCUCAAUGAAAAAUUAUAUUAUGAGUGAAUUUAAUGGAGCCCAUAACUUAAAAAUGAUGAUAACAUGCGAUUUCUUUCGUCACGGUUUUGAUGGGAGUGGUGGUGAUAAUUUUAAUGAAGCUGGAAGUUGCAUAGAUGGCAGAUUAACAUCUGCUUGGAACUGGUGUUCCAAAAUUGAGAAGAAGAAAUAUUUUCCUAUAUUUUUAUUAACCGGUUUUGUUGGCUUUGAUGGAUCUUUUUAA